GGCGUUGAAGCGCCGAGAGACACGACGGCUCUCCCCCGACUAAUGCAACCUUAUUGUUAGGAAAACCAGGGAGACUGUUAACCAAAGAACCCUAAACAUUCUCAGAGACUCCUUUACGCACCGGCGGAGACAAUAGCGGAUUCCAGCAUAUGAAUGUCGCUAUAACGGUAUAGCUGUUGUAUAGACUCAAGCUGCUACCCCACUGGUGGAAAUCAAAGGCUGUACAUGGCGGUGGAGAGUACAAUUUGGCUGUUCUGUCUUCUUUCGCUGUUUUGUGGUCCAUCCAAGCAAGAAAAGCUGGUUUCCGUGGAGCUGAGCUGCGGCGCUGGACCCAGCCAUGUAGUGUUGGAACCAGGUUUGCCCCUCUUGCUGGACUGCAAUCUGGGGGCCAGUGAUACACCCUUCAAUGUCUCCUGGCUAAAGGAUGGACAGCCACUACUUCCAGAGGGGAAUGACUACCUUCAGUAUUUGGUCAAUGGAUCCGUUCUCCUGAUGCCAACGUCUAUGGAUGGCCAGUCUCCCCAUGGUGUGGCGGGGGCUUACAGCUGUGUGACUGGCAGCAGCCUUGGAGCGCUGAUGAGCCGGACUGUGAAUGUGCUCCUAGCAAGUCUGUCGAAGUUCCGUCUGGAGCCAUCUCCACAAAAAGUGCCCACAGGAGGGGCUGCCCGCUUUGAAUGCCAAAUUGAAGGAAUACCAACCCCUGUUAUUACCUGGGAAAAAGAUGAAGUAGCGAUUCCUGAGGGAACAAGAUUCAUUUCCCUUCCUAAUGGGGUGCUCCAGAUUCUGGAGGUGACCAAGGAUGAUGAGGGUGUCUACCGCUGUGUUGCAUCCAAUUCUGCCGGGAAGGACAUCAGUCAUGAAGCCAGACUCUCUGUCACCACAGGCUCGACCGAAGCCCUGAACAGAGUUGUGAUUGUGGCACCACCUCAGAAUGCUUCAGUUGUGCUUGGACAUCCUGCCGUGAUGGAGUGUGUGGCUCAAGGCCAGCCGAAACCACUGGUGUCCUGGAGCAGACAAGACGGAAAGCCCAUGUCUACUGAUGUGGUCGUCCUUGCAACAAACCUGGUGAUUAGAGACACAAGGCGUCACCAUGCUGGUGUCUAUGUCUGCCGAGCCAACAAGCCCAGGACCAGAGAGUUUGUCAUUGCUGCUGCUGAGCUGCAAGUACCCGCCCCCCCAGUGAUUCUUCAGGGCCCAGAGACAGUGUCCCUCUCCCGGGGAAACACAGCCAGGUUUUUGUGUAACAGCUCUGGAGAACCUCCUCCAGUGUUGCACUGGUUGAAGAAUGGCCAGCCUAUAAAGUCAUUCAGACGAGUAAAGACCCAAAGCCCCGGAGUCCUGCUAAUUAACCAGCUGGCUCUGGAAGAUGCAGGCUACUACCAGUGCAUAGCAGAGAACUGGCUUGGCACAGCCUGUGCGACUGCCAGGCUGACGGUCAUUGUGAGGGAAGGUCUGCCCAGCCCUCCUCGCCACCUUUCUGCUACACCAUACUCCAGCACAACUGCCCUGCUCAGCUGGGAGAAACCUGAGUACAACUCAGAUCAAAUCAUUGGCUACUCGGUGCACUGCCACAGCACUGCAGGCUCUGAUAACGGGGAAUAUGAAUUUGCAAUGAACAAUGACACCACUGAAUAUCUCUUCAGAGAGCUUCUGCCCCAUACUACCUACACAUUAUUUGUGGUGGCUUACUCUCCCAUGGGUGCUAGCAGCCCGUCUCUGCCUAUCACUGUAGAGAUGCUGGAGGAUGUGCCAAGUGCCCCUCCUCAGCUGUAUAUAGCUAGCACUUCCCGCACAGACGUCAAGGUGAAGUGGCAUCCGUUGUCCUCAGAGCAGAGUCGUGGAGUUGUUACCCACUACCGCAUUGAGUACAGCAUUUUAGAUCAGCCGGACUCUGUGUUUUCCGUGGAGGUGGGGGGGAAUGAGACACAUUUUACAUUGAGAGGGCUGCAACCCAGCCAGACUUACCUACUGAGAAUAGCUGCUGGAACUGCCAUUGGCUUUGGGGUUCCUUCCGAGUGGGUUCAGCACAAGACACCUCCCAUUGAUAGCGAUGACAGCAUGGUGAUCUUUGCUCCUAAUGAGCUGAAAGUUAGAGCCAGUGUGAACACACUUAAUGUCACAUGGCAGCCCUCACCCAAUCACACGUUGGUCUCUGGUUACAAGCUGUCCUGUCGAGAAGUCGAGGCUGAAGAGACGGCCAAUGGGGAAAGGACAACUCAGACACACACCAUCAGGCUCCGUAAGAAGGCUAGAUAUCAUCUCCUCACUGGGCUGGGCCCUGACCGACAGUUUGAGGUGAGGCUAUGGGCAUUCAAUAAACAGACAGAUGGAGCAGCUGCAGUGUGGAAGGGAAAGACAGAAAAGCCUCAUGCACCACCAACAACGCCUGGGCCACCACCUCCAUUGCCCCCGAGCAAUAUCCAAGCCACAGCCAACAGCUCUACUUCCAUCUGGCUGCGAUGGGAGAAACCGCGGUUCAACAAUGUACACAUCAUCGACUACACAGUGCGCUGCAGCCCAGCAGGAACCACCAACGCAUCCAUGGUUUCCUAUUACACCAGCUCUGCACAAGAGAUUUUGCUUGGGGCACUGAAACCCUUCACUCGCUAUGAGCUGGCAGUGCAGUCUAAUGGAGCAAAUGUGGUAGGACCCUUUAGCGGCACUGUGGAAGAGUCCACUCUCACUGACCGGCCUUCCACACCUCCCGAGGAGCUGCAGCUGACUACGCUGGACUCCUCGUCGGUGCUGGUGAGCUGGCACCCUCCACUGGAGCCUAAUGGUAUCAUCAUCAGCUACUGGAUUUUGUACAGUGGCAACCUCAGUGAGCCAGAGCAUUUAUGGAAGAAUGUCUCCCAGGAUGGAAGUAUUACCAGUGUAGAGGUCCAGGGAUUGGCCAGUGGCACUAGAUAUUUUUUUAAGGUGGGGGCAUCUACUGAGGUGGGGCCAGGGCCUUACUCACCUAUAAAGGAAGUUCACACAAGCCAUCAAGAGCUGGACAUCCAUGCAGUGACAGGCAUUAUAGUGGGUGUGUGCCUAGGACUGAUAUGCAUCCUCCUUUGCAUGUGUUUCAGCUUUCGUAACAGCAAAUCCAGGGAGCUAUCUGGGGUUCUGGACUCUACAGCUGUGAUACCUCAGUAUAAGAGAGGAGGCUGCCCCAUUCCCUCCAACAUACCAGAGUGCAGCAACAGCUAUGAGUUGGAGACAUUGAUGCCGGCAGGUAGCCAAGAGUCUGGUCAACUGCCAGCAGAGGCCCCAGAAGAGCAGAGUCUGAUGGCUGCCUGGAACGGCUCUGUAAGCCAUAACUGGGCCAACAGAAUCACAAGAUACAAAGACACCCUAAUAGAAGAUUCUCCAACACUCGUGAAUGGAGCUCUCAACAUGCUAAUCACUGAUAAUGGCAUGGAAGAAGAUAAUUUGAGUACAUCCAUGUGCAGUAACCAGGUUGAGGCAGAAGUCAUUGUUCAUUCUGAGCUUUUGGACACAGGGAGGGAGAAAGAAGAGGAGGGCUAUCAAAACACAGAUUCUAACACCACCUUGGGACCCUCAUUGUCAGAGGAAAAGUAUUCCUCUUUGAGCCAGCCGAGUUCGCAAGAAGAAGAGGAACAUCUAGAAAAACUGUCACUAUCCCAAAGCUCCUCAAAUCUUCCCUCAGUAAAGCUGGUGGCUACUUACAAUGGGGAAAUUGAAGAUACAGGACACCAGCUGACUGCAGACACAGCACCACAUCAGGAAAUGGGUCUAACCAAUGGUUUCCAUUCUCCUAAGAUUGUGCUGAGGUCAGAGCGUCUGGAAAAUGGGGACUCUAGACACUGUCCAUCUGCAGCAGGGAAAGCCAUCUCUCCUGGCCUGUCCCCUUCCCCCUUUGUCAGCACCGGACUUGUCCACUCUACCUCAGCAGCACACAGUUAUCUGUGCCCAUAGCCUCUGCAUGCAGGGCAUCAACCCCAUAUGGAUUUUCUUUUAUGUACCCAGGAAAAAAAAACCCAAGGAUUAUUUUUAUGCACCUCAUUAUUAGCUUUCUUUCUCUUCCUUGCAAAGUUUUAUAGGUACUUUGAAUCCAUUGUUUCAUACUUGUGUAUAUAGAGUAAACAUAUACGGUAUAUUUUUAGUGGUAGAGUACUGUAUAUGGGUAUGCAUUCUCUAUCAUUGCAACCACAGUUUCCUCUGGGUCUUUCCUAUCCAUAGGAAGGAAAAAGAUUUAACCAAGCAGACGGACAUGAAUUGGAGAAGGUAUUUCUCACUGUGUCGUAAAUGGCUCUGUUCCACUCAGGAAUGAGAAAAGGCCAGGAAUUUUCCGUGAGUGAGUGCUUGGACAGGUUAUCAUCACUGAUGAAUGGAUUGGAAGCACAGGGUCUCCCUGGGUUUGGUAGUGUGGAUGCUACUUUAGUGUGGCACUUAGGAAUAAGCCUUAAAGAGUAUCUUCACACUCUGCAAGUGCAGAACACCUGUGCCUCUCUCCAGCCACCUGCUGUCUCAGGGUCCACAGCCACACACACACACACAUACACACACAUACAAACACACAGAAAGCUAAAAACCUCGCUAAUUCCUCGAUAUUGCAUGUAAAAUUCAAACAGUCAUGUGUAAACACACAUUUAGAUACAUUUCAUGACUGGAAUGUGGGGGUCUCAGGUGCCUAAUUAUUCUAGGUGCAUUUAUAACCUCUGUAUAUUUCUAAAUAUUACAUUGAGUCCAAGUACAAAAAAUGUCAAUUGGAAACAUAUGAAGUAUACAGAUGUGGAACGUGAAGUAUUCUUUUCCAAAAUGCCAUAUAUCCCUGUGGUGUGAUUUUGUAAUCCAGGGACAAUUGAAAAGUAAAACAUGUUUUCUUUUGGUUUUUAUAUGUCAUUUAUGGAAUUAUAGUAUUUAGAUGUUUAUUUUGGUAUUGGUUUGUGUUGAUGGGAGUACUAGAGGAGGUGUUACAACUGUACAUCUGUAGUCCACUCUCCUUUCUUUAGCUCCUAAAUGGGGAUGCACCAUUGUCCCUACUAUUGUCAAGAUACUGUGCCAUUGUGUCAAGAUACUUUUUUCCCCUCUGUAAAUGUAUUUUUAAUAUGAAAUACUUGCCACAAUUCAAAGUAUAUAGUGUAUUUGACUUGAUUCUGCCUGACUCGAAAUGUCCACAACUCUUUGCAUUGAUUUUGACAGACAUCAACAAGAUCAGCUAGAAAGGAAGGAAAAAAUACACAGUGCUUAACAAAUUUAUUAGUCAGCGAAAAGUGUGGUUUAUGCCAUUGCUGAACCUGACUAACAGUACUGAUACCUACCCAAAUCUUUUUUUUCUGUAACGGUCAGUAUGUACAAUCUCUAAUUGAAAUCAUAUUUCUUAUGUUAAAUUAUAAAUAUUGUUGUUAGCAAUGAAUUUUCAAAUUUACUAUUAUACAAAAAAAAAAAGCUGAAGAAUAGUAAAGCCAAAUUACAGUUAUCUAGCCUUCAUG